AUACUGUCCAUCCAGCAGCUAAUACUGUUCUUCUCCUAACCGCAUAAUCAUAACGGUGUGCUGGCCGGACGCGGUAAUAAAUUAAGGCUAUCCGCAUGCUCCAAAUGAGAUGGGCCCUGGAAUCAUUUGGAAAUGUGCGUUUCCGGGUAGGGCAUCAGCAGUGAUGAGCCAACCGGCAACAUGAAGAGAACCUUAAUCACCUUCUCGCUGACUUUGGCCACCGUUUUCGCUUAUUAUUCCACUCCGGAUGCGGAAGAAGAAGAUGGCAACGCGGGUAAUAGCGUCGUCGGAUAUUACGACAGCGAAAGCGGAACGCUAAACAAUCCAGCGUUGGUCCACAUCGGCACUCCGGAUGAACACAAUUCCGGAAACGACAACAAUAACAACAACUACGACGUGCCGAUCAACAUUUAUUAUCACUACCAGCAUCAGGACAGUGAAUUAACUGACGAACGGGCGCCGGGUGUUCCGGCAUCCGCCCACGAAAUCAAUCCGACUCACAUCAAUUUCCUCAUCCGCUUUUUCCGCUCCUUUGCCGCUUUGCCAGCCAUUUUCCGCCAUCGAUUUCUCUGCAAUUUCUCACCUUCAGUUUCUCUGGACAAUUUAAAUUGUUUCACAAGUUUGGAAUAACAUCAGCAGUUUAGACAGGAAGGAAAAAUUUGUUAUCUCCUUUUGUUUGUUGUGGCGGCAGCAGCUCCAGUGGCGCAGUUGGUUAGCGCAUGGUACUUAUACGACAGUAUACAUGGUUAAAGCAAUGUCAAAAUUACCUUGAAAAGCAAAUUCGAGAGAUGCCGAGGUCGCGAGUUCGAGCCUCGCCUGGAGCAAUUAGUUUUACUAAAUAAUUCUGUUAACAAUUUUGAAUUGAAAUUUUUAUUUCAGUAUUUGAUUUGGAUCACGUGGACUCGCACGGGUGAAAGACACUUGUUGAUUUACGUAAUCAACAGCACACAGGGCUGUCGCUAGUCACGUGGAGGGAAAUGUGAUUGAUAAUCUAUGCUUUUGGUUUUUUUAUUAAAAAGUAACUGUCGUUGCCAGGCAACUAAAGUAAGCCGAUGGAUAAGGUGAGUCGUUUUUUACAUAACAGCGUCACGUAGGGCAUGGCAAUAGAGUUGAUCAUAUAACGCCUGUGUUGAUCCAUAUCGGACCAUGUCUUUAAACGAACCACGUAGGC